AGAUCACCAGGCCUAUCUCCUGAGGCACCUCUGGGAGGAUCUGAACCAACAACCUUUUGGCUAGUAGUCAAGAACUUAACAAUUGGCACCACCCAGGGACAACCUGCUAUUAGAGGCAUGUAUUUCAGUCCCAUAAAUGAGAUUAGGGAAAUCUUGGUACUAGUAUUUGGUAGUAGUAUUUACGGUGAUGAGAAUUAAUAAGGAAUGUCAUUCCUUUAACUCAAUCUCCAGGUGCCUCCUAAGCAGAUCAUCACAGCACUAUCUCUCAAAGGACAAAAGGACAGGUCACUUAAAUUGUAUAAAAUGUGGGCUUUCUGCUUGUGGACGCCGCCGAGGAAACAUCAUUAUAGUGUUUCUUCCCACUGCCAUCAUGUCUAAGUCAGAGUCUCCUAAAGAGCCCGAACAGCUACAGAAACUCUUCAUCAGAGGUUUGAGCUUUGAAGCAACACAUGAGAGUCUAAGGAGCCAUUCCGAGCAAUGGGGGAUGCUCACGGACUGCGUGGUAAUGAGAGAUCCAAACACCAAGCGCUCCAGAGGCUUUGGGUUUGUCACUUAUUCUACUGUGGAGGAGGUGGAUGCAGCCAUGAAUGCAAGGCCACACAAGGUGGAUGGAAGAGUUGUGGCAAAGAGGGUUAUCUCACGAGAAGACUGUUAAAGACCAGGUGCCCACUUAACUGUGAAAAAGAUCUUUGUUGCUGGCAUUAAAGAAGACACUAAAGAACAUCAUCUAAGAGACUAUUUUGAGCAGUAUGAAAAAACUGAAGUGACUGAAAUCAUGACUGACCGAGGCAGUGGCAAGAAGAGGGGCUUUGCUUUUGUUACUUUUGAUGACCAUGACUCUGUAGAUAAGACUGUCAUUCAGAAAUACCAUACUGUGAAUGGGCACAACUGUGAAGUAAGGAAAGCGCUGUCAAAGCAAGAGAUGGCCAGUGCCUCAUCCAGCCAAAGAGAUCAAAGCGGUUCUGGAAACUUUGGUGGUGGCCGUGGAGGUGGUUUUGGUGGGAAUGACAACUUUGGUGGUGGAGGAAACUUCAGUGGUCGAGGUGGCUUUGGUGGCAGCUGUGGUGGUGGUGGAUAUGGAGGCAGUGGGGAUGGUUAUAAUGGAUUUGGUAAUGAUGGAAGCAAUUUUGGAGGUGGCGGAAGCUACAAUGAUUUUGGCAGUUACAACAAUCAAUCUUCAAAUUCUGGACCCAUGAAGGGAGGAAACUUUGGAGGCAGAAGCUCUGGCCCUUAUGGUGGUGGAGGUCAAUACUUUGCCAAACCACGAAACCAAGGUGGCUAUGGCGGUUCAAGCAGCAGCAGCAGCUAUGGCAGUGGCAGAAGGUUUUAAUGACUUCCAGGAAACAAAGCUUAGCAGGAGAGGAGAGCCAGAGAAGUGACAGGGAAGCUACAGGUUACAACAGAUUUGUGAACUCAGCCAAGCACAG